AACAUGUCUGGUGUUUGGAAAAUCAAGAAUGGAGUAGUGAGGCUAGUUGAGAACCUCGGUGACUUUCACGGUGCGACGGGUCGUCGUAAAGUGCUUGUGCACCUUUCUAGUAAUGAAGUAAUAACAUCAUAUGCAGUACUUGAAAGGAAACUGUACUCUCUUGGAUGGGAGAGGUACUAUGAUGACCCUGACCUUCUUCAGUACCAUAAAAGAUCAACUGUUCAUCUUAUUUCUCUACCAAACGACUUCAACAACCUCAGGUCCAUGCACAUGUAUGAUAUUGUUGUUAAGAAUCGUAAUGAGUUUGCUGUUAGGGAUAUGUAG